UUAAGGAUUUCAUAAUGCGCUACGCUGGCCUCGUGGAGCACUGGAUUGGCCUCCGAAGAGAAUCCGGCCAGCCCUGGAAGUGGGUGAAUGGGACCCAAUUGAGCCAGCAGCUGUUUGAAGUACGAGCAGAAGGGGACUGCGCCUAUGUGAGUGACAUCUUUGUGAGCUCUUCCAGGUGUUAUUCUGUGAGAAACUGGAUCUGCAGCAAACCCGACGCAUAUACAAAAGCAAAGGAAGAUGCAAUGGAGGAGGACUUAUCAUGGCAAAAUGAAAGGCUAAUGAGCAAGAUGGACAACCGGAGAUAACAAACAUCCAUCAGAAAACCAGCAUGAUGAUGCAAAACACUGAUCCGGAUGGAGAAUUAAAAAGGGGAACUGUUUUGCCUUGGGUUGAAUUUGUCCUGCCAUUACUAUCGACUGGAUCCUCAGUCUUGUCCAAAAUGAACCUGGUUCCUCAUUCACAUUUAGCCUACUUAGCCAGCAGGCUAAAGUGAGCAACAGAUUGGUAACUGUACCGUCAGUGGCAGGUAGGUGUGUGUGUCUGUCUGUAUAUAAUCAUAUGCUAACUGUUUUCUCAUUAUAUUUUCAAUAAACACGGUAUAUUGCCUUUUCCCCCUGAAAAGAUCCUGCAUGCUUCUUAUAAGCUUAACAAGCACACCCCCGGGCAUGGCUCAUGAUGCUCUCCCCACGCCCCCGCGGCUUGUAAAGCCGCCUCCACACCCCUGAAAAUGGCCCUCUUCUCCCGGCUCUCUGUGCUCACACAUUUGCUUGACCAAACACAGCUGGGAGCUCCUUUUAAAGGGGCAGGUUUUGUUUUUUUCUCAACAACUUUGCCCUGGCUCUUCGGGUCGGAUCUUCUGAUAUCUGGGCCACCCCUGGACUACAUCUUCUCUUCCCUAUCGCCCCUAGGCUGGGAUCCCACUUUUAUACUAAGUGACGCUGAUGAUAACAUGUUUUAUGAAUAUUCUGUAGGGGAUGUUUCUAAUUCUGAAAUAUUAUUUUCCUAUUGGUCAGUGUAUCAUUGCUCUCAACUUAUUCUGAUAUACGUCAGUUUGUUGCCAUGGGCCUUUGUGGUUAUCUGUCACAACCUGUGUCUUGAUUAUUCAACUCAGCCUGAACAAAUUAUUUUUGGACUUUUAUAUAAUGAUACAUCUGCUGAGUUUGAGGCUAUUUUUUCUACCAUCCUGUGGGGUUGAAAGGUCUGAAGGUUGCCAGAUGGUUUCAACAAAAAUACCAGACACACUUGACAUGACAUCACAAUC